CAUAUCGCGCGCUCGCCAGCAUUGUAGUGCGGGCAAUGGUGGAGAGAUGGCGGCACUAGCUCUGUGGUUGUUCGUGCUGGCUCCAGUGGUGUGUGGAAACCAGGAAAACGCUCGAGAAGGCCUGAUGGAUCAUCUCACUCAUGGAAUGAAGUUUGCCUCGAAUUUGCUUGGAUCAGAAUCCGUUGCAUUGAAAGUGGCAGAAUUCGUAGUGCGCGCGUUCCAGAAUGCAAACAACCCACCAUCCAAGCCUAUUCGUAGACGACCGCUGCCUGACGCAUAUGAAGAAGGCACUUCCGAUGAGGAGACAUUCGAAAAGCGACCUGAUUAUAACAUCAACGAGGUGCCGACUCCCAUGACACCGCUGAAACACCUAGUUAGGUUGUUUGGUCUCCAGCCGAACCAGAUUAGCGCUGUUGCUGUGAAUGCUCUUGUGUUUGUUGCACAAAUGAUAUCAACAUUUCUAGCCGGACCCAAACGACCCAGCAGACCUUACCGCGUGGAAGACCCGACCUCCUGGAUCCUCAACAAGAACUCUAGAAGUCUUCAAGACCUCCUCGCUACGGCAAAGAACGAAUCAUUACCAGAGACCAUUGAAGACCUCAUUAAACAACAAGGUUCUGAUGAAGAGACGAGCUGCAUCAGACUUUUAGUCUGUAAAAUUACUCCCUUCGUGAAUAGAAUGCAGAAAGCUGUUUUUGGGAAUGAUAGUGAUACGGUAUUUGAUGAUAAUCUGAAAGGAUCUGCUGUGUUGUACCGUCACCUACCGACCGAGGAGGAAAUUAAUAGGAGAAGUGAAGUCUGUGAGAAGAAACACGCUGAUUGUGACUUGAAUGAGUUGUAGUGUUUGAUCAGUAAAAUAUUGUUUGUUUGUUCUUUUAUAUAAUAAACGUAUACAUUUUCUUAGUA